UCCAUGGCUUUCCUGAAGGAUGGGAACCACACUGCAGUGACAGAGUUCAUUUUAUUGGGAUUGACAGAUGACCCAGUCCUCAGAGUUGUCCUCUUCAUCAUCAUCCUGUGCAUCUACCUGGUGACUGUGUCUGGGAACCUCAGCACCAUCCUUCUGAUCAGAGUCUCUUCCCAGCUCCAUCACCCCAUGUACUUUUUUCUUAGCCACUUAGCUUCUGUUGACAUAGGCUAUUCAUCUUCUGUCACACCCAAUAUGCUUUACAACUUCCUGGUGGAGAAAAAUACCAUCUCUUAUCUUGGGUGUGCCAUCCAGCUCAGCUUAGCUGCUUUUUGUGGUACAGUUGAAUGCUUCCUUCUGGCCACCAUGGCUUAUGAUCGCUUUAUGGCAAUCUGCAACCCACUGCUUUAUUCAACUAAAAUGUCCACACAAGUCUGUAUCCACUUGAUUGUAGGAUCUUAUAUAGGGGGUUUUCUUAAUGCCUCCUCCUUCACCUUAUUCUUCUUUUCUUUUCUCUUCUGUGGACCAAAUAGAAUCAAUCACUUUUACUGUGAUUUUGCUCCUUUGGUGGAACUCUCUUGUUCUGAUGUCAUUGUCUCUGAAGUUGUAACGUCAUUUUUUUCUGGCUCAGUUACUAUGAUGACAGUGCUUGUCAUAGCCAUUUCCUACACCUACAUCCUCAUCACCAUUCUGAAGAUGCGUUCUGUUGAGGGCCGCCACAAGGCCUUUUCCACCUGCACUUCCCACCUCACUGCAGUCACUCUGUUCUAUGGGACCAUCACAUUCAUUUAUGUUAUGCCCAAGUCCAGAUACUCUACAGACCAGAACAAGGUGGUGUCUGUGUUCUAUAUGGUAGUGAUCCCCAUGUUGAACCCACUUAUCUACAGCCUCAGGAGUAAUGAAAUUAAGGAUGCUCUAAAGAAACAUCUUGGUAAGAAAAUAUUUUCUUAA